UACACCAUUCUGGGGUGUGUGUCUUGCUUUGGAUUAGUAUCGGCGGGCUACGUUUACAGGGUAGAACCUCGCCCGACCCAGGUGAGCUUGAGCAUCAGGACGUCCGAGAAGUGAAGUAGGUUUGGUAUAGGGGUAAAUGCUGCUCUUUAGGAUAUCUUCAACUGCCGCAAGCUUUCUGCUGCGCUAUUCCAUGAACUUACUGUCUCCUCCGUGUCCUGCAUCUUCCGAGUCACCGUGUCCUGAUGAUCGAAGCCCCGGGGGGACCAAGCGCGGACUGCUAAUGGCCAUUGCUCGGGAUAUCAGCAACCUCGGUUGGUACUCUCGAGCACGUCACCUAUGCCCUCCCGAUAACAGAGGGCUGUGCACCUCUUCACGUGGUAACGGUCCGAGCUCGAUCCUAUUCUCAAUCCUUCCUUUCUUGAUAACGAGGACCGGGCUCGGGAAGAGACCAACCUCAACCGAGUAACCGUCCACAUCUACACCGCGGAAUUCCAUUUGACUUCCAGCGACAUUCAUAUCUCUGGAUU